AAGGGAAACUCUCCUACAAGGUUUUCCGACGAGAAUUCAUGCCGUCUGGUGGUUUCAGCAUGCAUACGUACGAUUCGCAUUUUCGUGCCCUAUCGUUCGUGGCAGAAUUGGAUGAGAGACGAGAACUGAUGCGUCGUGGCGCGGGAAGCUUGAAGAUCGAAAGCCAGUACCCCUAUUAUGCAAUCCGCAUGCAAGGCAUCGCCGAGAGGCUACCCAACCUUCACGUCGGCGAUUUCAUCAAAGUGAAAAGGAUUCAAGCCGCUGCUGGGGACCAGAACUUUGAAGGUCGAGUCCAACGGAUCGACCUCAACAAAGUCGUCAUCCACUUCAGCGACAAGUUCAGGGCAUCGAGGCACAACAAUGACAAGUUUGAUGUCCAGUUCUCGUUCAACUCCAUGCCUUACCGACGUCAGCACCGGGCCCUCGAGUUUGUCGCCGAAUCUGUGCGACUCCUCUUUCCCCAGCCCGGUCCGGAGGCGAGGGCCUGGCGGUCUCCCGUUAACCUCUUGCCGAUUUCACCUAAUAUCCUUGAUAACGUGGAGCAGAUGCAGGCUGUCAAGGCUAUUGUUCAAGCCCCACCUGGGUCCGCGCCCUUCAUUAUCUUCGGACCCCCCGGUACCGGCAAAACGUCAACAGUAGUAGAGGCAAUCCACCAGCUCCUCGCCAAAAGCGCAGACGUUCGAGUCCUGGCAUGCACCCCCACAAACACGGCCGCAGACGUUCUCGCGAUCAAGCUUGCCACAGGGCCUGCAAAGCUGGAACCCGACGUGCUGUUUAGGCUGAACGCGAUAUGGCGAGGAAGAGGGCAGGAUCUCGACAAUGUCCCCGACACGUAUCCCAACGAACUCCUCGAUCCAUACUCGGAGAUAAACGAGAACAACGUCUUCGCGAUUCCGACAAAGGAGAAACUGGGCUCGUUUAGGGUGGUCGUCGCGACGUGUGCGUCUGCGGGGGUGGCUGAGAGCCUUGGUCUCCCUCGCGGGCACUUUACGCACAUCAUCAUCGAUGAGGCGGCUCAGUGUGUCGAGCCCGUGACUAACGGUGCCAUCCUUCCCUUGGCGGACGAGGGGACGAAUGUUGUGCUUGCGGGAGACCCUAAGCAGUUGGGAGCGUCAUGUCACUCCAAGCUUGCCAGAGCUUUCGGGCUCAAGGUCAGCUAUAUGGAGCGACUGAUGAAGCGUACAAUCUACGAUCUUAGGCACGCUGAGGGGAUCAGGAUCAUGAAGCUGAAGAAGAACUUUCGCAACCACCCUUCUAUCAUUCACUUCUCCAAUCAAGUUUUCUACGAGGGGGAGCUGCAGCCAAUGGGGAACGCCGACGUCCGUAUGCUUGAGCAGGCGCCUUCAGUGAGGAACAAGUUCCCCGUAAUAUUCCACGCCAUUGUCGGCGAGGAGAAGCACGAGGUGGGCUCGCCGUCCUACUACAACGAGAGCGAGGCACUCGUCGUAAAGCGCUAUGUCGAUGAACUUCGUGACGGCUAUACUGCCGGAGGGCAACUUAUCAAACUCGAUUCCGAGGACAUAGGGAUAAUUACACCCUAUCUCGACCAGCAACAUGUAAUGAAGGACUUGUGCGGCAGAAAGGGCUUAAAGAUUGGUACAGUGGAGUCAUUUCAAGGACAGGAACGCCGCGUCAUCAUCGUAUCUACGGUGCGCAGCCGUAAUCUUGGGUUCGUGAGCGAGCCCCAAAGAAUAAACGUUGCGCUCACGCGAGCCCGCGCCCUAGUCAUCGUUGUUGGCAACCCUCUAGCGCUCGCGGAAGAUCCGUACUGGCGGACUCUCCUUUUGUACAUCAACCAACGUGGCGGAUGGCGCGGUAACCCGCGUGCCGCAGAUAUCCCUGCACUUACAGACAGUGUCGUGCGUGCGCACGAUGAGGCUAUGAUGUCUGGAAGUAAGACAGCAGAGGCAAAGGCGGAUGCGGCGGACCUGCUGAAGAGGCUUCGGUCGGUGAUUGAUACCAUACCGCCUCCGCUCUAGAUUUCUUCGAGUAGGUAACCGUGUCAAGUAAGAAUAGAGGC